CUGAACACACACACAGCAGUACAAUUCCAACAACGUAUACUGUAUGUACAGUAUAUCCAACCCACAUGUCUCUAUUCCUUCAUCCUGUAGUUCUCAUUCUCAUUUCAAGAACGCGAGAUGCGUUCAGCGACACCUCAAACAUCACAAAAAUGGCUUAAAAUUUUAAUAAACAGGGAGAUAAUGAAAAACAUUAAUUGGAUGUUCUAAGUCUUAAGGAUUGAAGUACCGCUACUCGUUCUGAGUCGCAGGAGGGGCCAUCCUGGAGGAUUAAUAUGUUUGUCCUAAAAGACAACGUACGAUAUUUAUAAUCUGAAGUUAUGACAUCAUCCUGCUAUCCGGCACAUCCCGACCAUGACAAGCAUUUGGGGCGGCAUGCAAACUAGCCUGUCAUGGGAACAAUGGGAUGUCAGAAGACUUGCAGGGUGGAGAAACUCCUGAAACAGUGUCAGAGGGAGGGUGUUGUGAGCCUGAGACAAAGGUUACCUCCAGCAAAGAGGAGCAUUCGGAUGAAAGGCACAGACAAGAGCUGCCAUACACAACAUCUUGCUGCUUGUUUCUCUGCCCUUGGAGCCCAGUGGGAAACACCUGCCAUGGCACUGGUCCUUUAAGUGAUGCUGCAAAGCUAAGAAAUGAGGUGUUGCCACUACCGCUCCCCAGUGUGCCGCCUUUGGACAACCUUUGUCUUCUAGAGAACGGCAGCACAGCCCUGAGACCCAACCCUGAGACCCUGAGCAGCCAGAGGCUAAAACAGAGGUUACUGGAGACCGAGAUCAGUGCCAAGAGAAGGGAGUGUGAAUCACUUGAGGCGGAGGUGAAGAAAAAAAAUCAAACAUGUCAGACUUUGGAGAAUGAGCUUCAAGAUUUUCUCCAAGAGAACACACACUUAAGCCUCCAGUUUUUCAACAGCAGCCACAAAUCAUCUGAAUAUGAGAGGGUGAAGACUGAAUAUGCCCAACUCGAAGAUACACUCGGUGCUGUGACGCAGGAGAGAGAUUUAGCUCUGUGGGAGAGAAACCAGCUCCAAGGCAAACUGGAGAACCUAGAGCAGGUGCUCAAGCAUAUGCGUGAGGCUGCAGAGCGGAGGCAGCAGCUCGAGUUGGAGCAUGAACAGGCCUUGGCUGUACUCAAUGCAAAGCAGCAGGAGAUUGACCUGCUUCAGAAGGCUCAGGUUGAGGCUAAAAAGGAACAUGAAGGCGCUGUUCAUCUGUUAGAGAACCACUUGGACAGCAUGCAGGCCAAAGUCCGUGAGCUGGAGGAGAAAUGUCGGAAUCAGAGCGAGCAGUUCAACCUCCUGUCCAAAGAGCUGGAGAAGUUUCGUUUGCAGGCGGGGAAGUUUGACAUCCUCAGCACUGAACCUCUGACAGUGUGUGAAUCUCCUGGUUCUCCAAACAAAUCUCUGUCCCAGCUCCUCAAUGGAUUGGCGCCCCCCGUAGGAAAAGGCAAUGAGGCUCCAACAAGCAGAUCUUUGAUAUCAGAGUUCAUUCGGCCGCUCCAGAUCAGUGGAGACAAACCGGAGCUCCUCUCUGUCAAGCCAACAUUCCUCAGUCACGGCCGAGGCAGCAGGACGCUCCUCUCUGAGAUGGACAAAGAGCUCGGUUCCACCCCUAGAGCUAAACCAAGGUUUACCGGAAAAGUUCGCCUGUGUAUGGCUCGCUACAGUUACAAUCCUUAUGAUGGGCCAAAUGAGCAUCCUGAAGCAGAGCUCCCCCUGGUGGCAGGAAAGUACCUCUACAUUUACGGGACCAUGGACGAGGAUGGCUUUUAUGAAGGAGAGCUACUAGAUGGCCAGCGGGGGCUCGUCCCUUCUAAUUUUGUGGAUUUUAUACAAGAAGAGGAGAAGGCCUCCGCCCAACACAGGGAUUCAGUAGCUAAAGAACCUGGCAACCUCAACCACAGUAGCCUGGGAUCUCAGAGACUGGGGGUAGGCAGGGGGAUCGGGACAUGUUUAAGCAGCCUGCUGCCCGACAGUAAACAAGGCUGUCUGAGCAGCAGCAGCUUGGGCAUGGACCUCCUGGGCUCCUCCAGCAACGGGACAGGAACCUUAGAUGUCAAUAUCGACGAGGUCGGUGAAGACAUUGUGCCUUAUCCUCGCCGCAUCAACCUGAUUAAACAACUGGCCAAGAGCAUCAUCAUUGGCUGGGAUCCCCCUGUGGUUCCACCGGGCUGGGGCUCCAUCAGUGGCUACAAUGUUUUGGUGGAUAAGGAGGUACGGAUGAGCGUUCCCUACGGGGGCAGGACUAAGUCCCUCAUUGAGAAACUCAACUUAGCCACCAACACUUACCGCAUCUCAGUGCAGAGUGUCACUGAGCGAGGAUUGUCAGAUGAGCUCCGGUGUACAAUGCUGGUGGGCAAAGAUGUGGUGGUGGCUCCUUACUACGUACGGGUGGAUAACAUCACACAGGGCUCUGCUGAGCUCUCCUGGAUGCCCAGCAACAGCAACUACAGUCACACACUCUUCCUCAAUGGCGCUGAGUACGACAUGAUCAAGGCUGGGGGCUACAAAUAUAAAUUCUUCAACCUGAAGGCCAUGACAGUUUACAAAGUGAAAGUUGUGGCACAGACACAUCAGGUGCCUUGGCAGCUUCUAACCGAGCAGAGGGAAAAAAGGGAAAUCUCUGUGGAGUUCUGCACUCAACCUGCAGGACCCCCCCACCCUCCACAGGAGGUUCAGGUCCAGUGUGGUCAGACGCCCGGUGUUCUGCAGGUCAGAUGGAAGCCCCCUCCUCUGACGUCUGCUGGAACCUCCAAUGGUGCCAAUGUAAUAGGCUACGCUGUAUGCACAAAAGGACAAAAGAUAGCAGAGGUCUUGUACCCCACAGCAGACUAUGUGACGGUGGAGUUAAACAGGAUCCAAUGUCUGGAGGCCAGGGAGGUCAUUGUAAGGACGUUAUCAACACAAGGAGAGUCCCAGGACUCACCUGUGGCGGUCAUCCCGCAUAAUCUUUUGGGCUCGCCUCGCGUCUCUCUCCGAACCACAGGGCCUCCUCACACUUUGCCCCAUGCUCCGACCCAUCCAAUUCUCUCCCAAACGCACCCUCCUUAUCCAUCCACGUAUCCCCCAAAUCACCCUCAGCCGCAGGUGCAGCCUAUUCCUCGAGCCCAACCCCAUACACUGCCCCACUCACAGCCGCACUCACAGCCCGUCUGUCACCAACCCCCUCACCCCCAGCCUCAGUUCCAGCGCCAGCCUGUGCCCAAGUCCAAACCACUCCUAAGUGCCAGAGAGACAGAUACCAAAGAGCACGAGGCCAGCAUGCGGCCAGGCGCGCCCUGGGAACGCUCCCCAUCCCCUUUGCCUAUGAUGCACGGCGCCAAUCUGGAGCCACCGCCCUUCCAACCACGGCGAUCGCCCUCUCCUCAGAGGAUCCUGCCGCAGCCUCAGGGAGUCCCCAUUCCCAAUACCAUCGCUAAGGCCAUGGCCCGGGAAGCUGCACAGAGAGUGUUUGCUGAAAGCAACAGGGUGGAGAAGAGGAACAUCUUCAGCGAGCGGGGAAACGCACUGCAUCCACUUAACUCUGAUGAGGAGGAAGAUGGCUAUGAUUCUCCUCAUGCAAGAAGAAGAGGGGCUUCUGUGGAUGAAUUCCUUAGAGGUUCUGAAUUGGGAAGACAGCACCACCACCACCAACACCACCACCACUACAGCCACAGUGAGGAGUACUACACAGAGAGUAGCCGCGGGUCAGACUUGUCUGAUAUCAUGGAGGAGGACGAGGAAGAUCUUUAUUCCGAGAUGCAAUUGGAAGAGGGCCGCAGGCGGAGCAUCAACUCUCACAACUCGCUAAAGGCGUACUACAAGCGGCAGGAUCUAGCUGAGGAAAGAGACUGCUGGGACCUCCAUAGGGAGGUAGUGAAACACAAGUCGCUCCGUAGCAAGCGGCUCCACAGCAUCCCUGAGGUGGAGGAGGAGUCAGACGCUGUGGACAACAUGGGCCAGCGUCUGUGCUUCGAGGACGGUGGUCGGCCGGGAACGCCACACACUCAGCGGAGACCGUAUCCCCAUGACAGUCACAAGCACAAUCACAUCACCGCCAGUAAGAACCUCCGCCACCUGCAGCGCCAGCGCUCUUCGCCUCGAUUUGCUGACAUCCGCUACUACUACAACCCAGACGACCGUAUUCUGGGACGACCCAACCGUCAGAACACCAAGAGUCCUGAUAGUGGUUUGGACUGUGGCAGCGAGGAAGAAGGUUCCCUGGGCAGAGGUCAUCGAGGGUACUACACUUACGGAACUCCCAUGCGGGGACCUGUGCGCGUCAUCCACUGUGAAGGCCCAGUAGAGAGGCGAGCCCUCGCCAUGGGUCGUAAGAGAACUCUGACACGCCAAUGCAGUGUUCAGGAGGAGUUUGCUGACAUGCCAAUGACCUCUACGAAGUCAGUUCACACAGGUGACUUUAGAAACAGAGAACACUUUGGGCCACGGAACUACUCCCGGGAGGGUGCCCUGAGUGAGGGCAGGCUGAACGAACUGGACAGGGUCUAUUACAGUCCUCACAGGGAGGCUAGAGCCCACUCUUUGUCCAGACUCCACUGGGACCAGGCGCUGAUCAUCGGAAACUCACCAUCACAUGGAAAUGCUGACCGUCUGGACCAUUCAGGGCGGAGGCCAGUUCACAUAGGCACCCCCCCUCAGCGACGGCCCAUCCCCUCCAUUGAGAUCACCAUGGACAGUAACAGUGAGGGGAGUGAGGGGAACCUCUCACCCGUCAAGGAGGAUGUUUACUAUGGCAGUGUAGCUCGGCGAAGGAUAUGGCCAUCUUUGUCCUCAGAGGAUCAAUAUGACAGCUAUGGCGGACGCAGGCAUGGGCGAGGACGCCGCUCUCCGGAUUACUUUGAGGAAUCGGAGCCAGAGGAGGUGACCCGUGUCUUUGUGGCUCUUUUUGACUACGACCCCCUGUCCAUGUCUCCAAACCCUGAUGCCGCUGAUGAGGAGCUGCCUUUCAAGGAGGGCCAGAUCAUCAAGGUCUUUGGCAAUAAAGACACGGAUGGUUUCUACAGAGCAGAAAUCAGAGAACGAGUGGGUCUGAUCCCUUGUAACAUGGUCUCUGAGAUCCAAACCGAGGAUGACAACAUGAUGGGGCAACUCCUCAAACAGGGCUUUCUGCCACUUAACACUCCUGUGGAGAAGUUAGUGAACUGCGACCGUUUCAAAGAUGGACGAGUAAUAAAUCGCAGAUCAAGAAAGUCCAAGCGAGAGAGGAAUAGGCGGAGUGGGCGUCAGCAUCCAAUGUCAACCCGCAGAAUGGUGGCUCUUUAUGACUACGACCCAAGAGAGAGUUCCCCUAACAUUGACGUAGAGUAUGAGGGCAACAGACUAGAUGACGAGGCUGAACUGACUUUCUGUGCUGGGGAUGUCAUCACAGUUUUCGGGGAAAUUGAUGAAGAUGGGUUUUAUUAUGGUGAGCUCAACGGACACAAUGGACUUGUUCCUUCCAACUUUCUAGAAGAAGUGCCUGAUGAUGUCGAGGUUUUUCUCACUGACUCACCAUCUCGAUACCCCCAGGACACUCCCACACGGAUAAAGACCAAAAGGGUUCCAUGGGAUCAUUUGGGUCCGUCCAGAAGAGCAGGCUCCCCCCCAGUGCAUCCACACGUCAUGCAGCACCAUCGGGACCCCACUGGACAUGCACGCCUACAAACAGUCAAAGGAACGUCACUACGAAGAGAAGAAACAGUUGCUCGACGCUGUUAAAACCUUCAGUGACAUGUCCUCAAAGUGGACCUCCUCCAUGAUAGAAUCUUUCUAUUCAAUAUUGCAUCUCAUUACUGCACACAAGUUCCUUUUACCUCAGAUAUAUGUUGCACAUUAGUACCUGCCCUCCUGUCCAUCCAUUUUCUAUACCGCGUAUCCAUCCAUUUUCUAUACCGCGUAUCCUCACGAGGGUCGAGAGGCGGGGUACAACCUGGACUGGUCGCCAGCCAACUAGCCCUCCUGUCUAGCUUAAGUCACUUAAGUGGAAUGUGGUGAGCUUUUACACAGUAUGGCCAACAUGCUGUGCAUAGCAUGUUCCCAUCAAAACAAGCACACAGGGUUAUCUGUCACUGCUUGAAGCCAACAUCUUAUAGGUCAAACCUCCAUGUACUUGCCUUAUUACACAAUAGCCCCCUUUUCACUGUUGCUGUUCUGUGUAAACGACCGACACAGAAGCAUCAGUGAUAUCAGAGUCAGGCAAGUGUGAGCAUAACUUAUCCUGCCCUUGAAAGCAGUUGUUUUAUAGUGGCAUUGUCAUGCAUACAAUUAUCUGACUACAGGAUGCCAUGUUACAAAUUUUGCAGCGUCUGGAUGAAAGGAUGUUUCUUUUGUAAAAGCAGUGGUCACAUAUGCAUCUCAUUUGUAUUUUGUCUUACAUGCUACAACUAUCAUUGUCUAACACCAGCGUCCCAGAUGCAAAAAACACCAGUAUACAUCCCACCUUGAAGAGGAGUGGUUAUGUAGGUAUUAAGAGUAGACCUGGAGGUUUGACAGUGUAGCCCACCUACCUCUAAGCAGCCCCUCUCAUCAAACUCUCAUCUACUUCAUUGGAAAGGUCAGUCAGAUAAUGACGGUGCAGGUUACAAGUACUGUAAAUCUAUACAUAGCCACAGCUCCUUAUACUGUAUGUAGUGAAUGUAUGAUCAAUUGAAAGCAAAUGUAUUUAGCGGUCCCAACCCCCCCCCCCCCCAAUCAUGCAUCAAAACUGUGUUCUACACUUGCAUCCACGUAAAACUGCCAAAAUAGGAAAAAUAUGUAUGCAACACAUUAUGGAAAAACACUUUCUGUCCAGCCAUAUUCACAUACCCCAUAACGUAUGUUUUCCUUACUCCACAUUUCUUCCUGUCAAUUUGAGUGACUGGUCUUUUGUAAUUUUGUCCAUUUGUAAAUUGUUUAUAAAUGUUUAUACUUGAUUUUCAAAAUGCCUUUUUUGUACAUUCACUUUAUAAUCAAGCAGUACAAGUAUUCCCCAUGGUGUCUUGAAGACCUUUUUGUUUGCAACGUGUGCUAGCUUUAUUAUAAGAAUACUCAGCCUAUAUUGAUGGAUACAAACUACCGUGUGGGUGUGCAUGUGCAAUCUUUUUUUUAAAAACAAGAUAAAUAAAUUUAAUAUUUUGUAAUAUUUGCAUGUCUCAUUGACUUAACUUCAAGUAUGACACUGGUUUGAAAUCCUUUACUGAAACUUUGGAACAAACUCUUUAAACAAUGUUCAUUUUUCACACCCAUUAACUAUACCACCUGUCCUCUUAAGGGUCAAGGGUAAGCUUCAGGCCAGAGGUGGCAUACACACUGGACUGGUGGCGGGCAACAGCAUUUAAAAAAAACAAACCAAAACAAAAAACUACAGUCAUUGCUGCAGCUGUACCUAAUAGGUACAAUGGUAACAAGGUAAUGUCAGAAUGACAGAAUUCAAUUCUUAUUUUCUUCAAAUUCCUCAAAAAAACAAAUGUUCUUAGCCAGCUACAAAUCGUUCUGCAUUAGUACUAUACUGGUACUACCUCUGUUUGCCGUAAAUAGAACUGUAUCGCUGUUGGAAAAUGAUGGUACAAAACACUGAGCAACAUAAAUCAAUGUCAAGGCCUGACAUAAACCAGGUCAAAGAACCAAUCGUGGUAAACAGCCUCUCUUCUACAAAUAGAAGAGGAGGUUAUCCAGCUCCAUGUUGGGCUCCCUGUGGAGGCUUUGACCCACAAGGAAGGCCAACUUGUGAGCAUACUGGCAGGGGGCAGGUACUGCAAUGAUCCCCUGAAAAACAAUAUAAAAAAAACAGUGAAAAACAGUGAGACAUGUACCAUAGUUUCCGGCGUAUAAGCUGCUACUUUUGAACUGUGCAGCUUAUACAAAAGUCCUGCUAAUAUGUGCCUAAAAACUACAUUCCCCCGUGAUGCUUGGUUUGUUCAUGUUCCAAUCACCUGACAUCGCCUAUACUUCAGAACUAUUACUCAUAGCUUAAAUCUGUAUACUGGAUAACGCCAUUACCAAAUCAUCAUAAGGGCAUAGAAAAGUACACUAAACUAUCAAAACACGCCACCAAGUUUUAUAUCAAACACAAUAAUAUACAAAAUGCUGCAUAGUUUUCUUGUAGCUGAAUAAAAGUACCCGUCUGUCCAUGGACACACAGCAUUAACGCAUUAAUGCAUUAUUUAACAUUAAUGCAGUUUUCCUGGUCAGUGUGGGAGGCUUCUCCCAGCCAAUGCUAUGGUUCUCCCCACCUCCGUGGACAGGCAGCAUAAGGUAUCAGUCAUUAAUGCACCUUGCGCAGCCAUACCAGGCGACUUCUCCCGCUGGUUCUCAUGAUCACGAUAGCUGUAGGUGCCAUAAGAAGCCACAACACCCAUCUUGCAAUCAAUGUGAAUGGACUGCACCAUCCUCGUAAGAUGCCCACACAUGUAUGUCCCGGGUUGAAUGAAACAUAUGACCGCCUUCCAUGAAGCGUGUAGUAACACUUAAAACACUUGUUUUGCACAGUUUAAUGCAUUUUGCACUUUUGGGGAAAACGUUAAAUUAAAAGUUUAUGCAAAGUUUGUGUGUAACAUCUUUCUAUGCCCUUUAUCUCACUUUAUGACGUGCACUCGUGCCGCUUGUACACCAGUGCGCCUCAUUUAAGAACAGAUCUGGUUUUCCCUCCUAAUUUCAUGGGUGUGGCUUGUACACUGGAAAUUACCGUAAAGGAUUUCAGGAGUGAAUAGGACUGUUUACUAACAUUUCAGCUAAAUAUUGUUGCACAAGUGACUUGCCUGCCAGUUGUAGUACAUGUGGCAAAGCUUGUAGGUGAGCCUCUGCAUGUGAUCAGGCUUUAGUCCGCUGCUGUCAUACACAACAUUGUAGUGGGUUGGAGACACGCUUCCAAAGUUGACAGC